UCUUAGCUUCCAUAUAUAGCCAUAGAGAUGAUCAAAUGUGGAGAAAUCUCAGCCGUUGGAUCUGUACUAGCGUAGGAUUCUCAGUUGAGUACACGUGCUUCCAUCUCUUUUUAUCCUUGCUUCCAUGCAUGGGUUUCUCCAUCUCCACCUCUUCUCUUCUGUCUCUAUAUAUUUCUAGAGAGAGAAUCACUCAAAAAAGUUUAGAGAGAGAGUAGCUUUUCUUUGCUUCAUCAUCGAUCAUCUAUCAUCCAUCAUCGCCUAUCGUCAAUCUUUUUUCUUACUUCAAAUCUCAACUAACUAAAGCUACUUGCUAUGAGUAGAUCUUGAUAUUUUUCUUGAGUGAAAUCCGAGAUGGGUUCUUUGUUUUUCGCUUCGAUCUUACAGAAUUUUAGCUUUUAAUCUGGUUUAUUGAUCUGGGUGUUUCUCGAUUUUCAGUUUUGAUCUUGAAUUCUUCUCUGUUUGACUUCAAUUCGAUCAGAAUUUCGUACUUUUUACCAAAAAUGUCGAAUUUGAUCCAAGAAAGUAAUCAAGAAUUGAUGAAACACUCGUGUAAGCUGUGCGACAAGAGCUUCCCUUCUGGUAGAUCCUUGGGAGGUCACAUGAGGUCUCACGUGCUCAACUCCCCCGAUCAUCAUCUUCAUCAACACCAGAAACAGAUGAAGAAGCUCUCAUCUGUCAACAAUGGCGGAGAAUUAAUCAAGAACGAUACUGUAGUAGAAAUCGAUGGUUCUUCGAAUGAUUUGGGUUAUGAGCUGAGGAAAGAUCCAAAAAAGACUCCAAAAGUCAAUGAUUCAAGUCAAAUGGAGAAUUGUUUGGUGGUUCUUGAUAAGCUCUGUAAAGAAUGUGGAAAAGGUUUUCAAUCUUGGAAGGCGUUGUUUGGGCACAUGAAAUGUCACUCUGAAAAAGUCGCAAACAACAACAAAUUGAAUCAAGAUUCUUGGACUAGUCAAUCGGAUAAUGAGAAUUCUGGUGUGAAAGAUCGACGUUUGAAGAAAUCAAAAUCAAGAAACGGAAAAAUUAAAAGGUAUAAAGUUACUUCUGCUACAACUGCUACUGUUACAACAACCACCAUUACAACAGCUUCAUCAUCAAUCUCGAUGAAUGCUAAUAAUAAUAAUAACAACAACAAUCAAAUAAGUAGUAAUCAUGCUUCAACGAGUAUUGUAUCUGAGAUUGAGCAAGAUCAAGAAUCUGAAAUUGCUAUGUGUUUGAUGAUGCUUUCGAGAGAUGAGGGAAAAUGGGGCAAUGAAUUUGAAUCAUCUAAUUACUGCAAUUCCUCUGCUUUUGUGGGGUUGACUAAAGUUGAGGGUAAAAAGCGAAUUGGGAAGGGUUUCAAGAUCAAGAAAUUAGCAGAAACACAAGUGGGUGUUGAUUAUCUUGGAAGAUCUGAAGUGGGUUUUACUGGAGUUGAGAAAAUUAUGAUCCAAAACGAUGAUUUUAACGACGAAUGUGAGUUGUUUUUUGGAAGCAAGAGAAAGUUUGAGUGCAUUACUUGUAACAAAAGCUUCGAUUCUUAUCAAGCACUUGGUGGGCAUAACGCAAGUCACAAGAAGUUAAAGGGAAGUCUAGAUCCGAAAACCGAAGGUGAAAACACAAUCGAAAACAAACCCUUUUUCGAUCAUGAGCAUAUAAUCAAUGGGUUUGAUUCAAAACCAUCUGAUAAUCAUCAAACGACAAAAGCUUUCAAUCUUGGUGUUCGUUCUUUGAAGAAAUCAAUGGCGUUGGGAGCACAUGAAUGUCCAAUUUGCUUGAAAAUCUUCUCAUCUGGGCAAGCUUUGGGAGGUCACAAGAGAUCGCAUAUGAUUGCAGAGGCUAAAUUGAAUCAACAAACAAGCAUGAAUCUUAUUGAGAAAAAGAAUGAACCUGUUCGAGGGUUUUUUGAUCUCAACAUGCUUCCCGAUACAAUGGAAGAAGAACCAUGGCAUCAUGAAUCAACGACACUACUUGGUUUGCUCUCAGCAAUUUAAAAAAACAGUAGUAACAUCAUUUUAAGAGUGUACAGAUUUCAUUAAUUCUUUGCAUAAUCGAUGUAAUAUGCUGCUUGAAUAGUAGCCAUACACAGUUACACACACAAACACCACUUACACACACUACCGCAACACUUUCAUUUUUUUUUUGUGCUUUUAACUACAUUGUUUUGAUCAAGGGAUAAUUCUUGUAACAUUCGAGAUUUCAUUUGUUUAACUCAUUAUCUUGGGUUUUAAUAUAUUUUCUUACUCUCUGUUUUGGAAAAUGAGUUAGAAUUGAAAUCUCAAUCACUUCUUCAAAAGGGAGCAACUUUAUUACAUAUAUGACAUGUGCAACUGUGGAAUACAGGGGAAAAUAAAUCAAAGUUAGUAGCUACACAUAGAUUCGAGAAAGUCAAAUUAGGAGCAUAUGGAUAUGAGAAAUUGUAAAAUGAGAGCAAAACAAGGGUGAAGUGGUUGAAAAGAUGAAGGGGAGAAUUAUAAAAUAUGAUGAAAAGUGGGUUGUAUAGUCACCAACCAUCACAACACACAUUGACAACUCCUUGUUUCACCUCUAUGAAUCUUUCAUAAGUCAUAACUAUAUAGUGCUAGUGGAUUAUAGUUUACUUUGGGUUUCAUGUUAAUUAUAUUAUUAUGUUAAUGAUGUUCUUAAUAUAAGUAUCAAAACUUUUG